AUGCGGGUGCUCCUAUUCAUUGUUUUAUCUAUACGGGCGAUCGAUUUAUGCAAAUCUGAACCGACCAUAGUCAACAAUGGAUACGCUGGAGUGUUAAUUGCAAUUGAUCACCAAGUACCCGAAGAUGAAAAUCUGAUUACUGCUAUCAAGAAUAUGAUGACCGAUGCCUCUGCUGAUCUUUUUACUGCCACGAAAAAAAGAGCAUACUUCAGAGAAAUCACCAUUUUAGUGCCAAGUAAUUGGACCUCUGGUAAAUACGCUGUAUCGAAUAAGGAAGCCUAUAAAUAUGCUGAUAUAAGGAUUGCUCCACCACACCCACAGCUUCAGCACAACCCCUAUGCCUUGACCUACGUCCCUUGUGGGGAAAUGGGUGGUAAAGAUCAAUACAUUCAUUUGACACCAGAAUACAUGACUAAUCCAAAAUAUUUAUCAUCGUAUGGACCGAGAGGGAAGGUUGUCGUGCAUGAAUGGGGUCAUUAUCGCUGGGGAGUGAAAGAUGAAUAUCCUACCAAUGAUAAAGAUAAGUUUUACUUGUCUACAACAAACGAACCAAUGCCUACCGGAUGUUCAGGUUAUAUUACUGGAAAGUUUCUCGAUUCCAACGGACAAGAAUGCGAGCCCAUUGAAUCGAGUCGCCUGCCAUCAACAAAUAACUGCAGAUUCAUUCGAUAUUCAAAUCAACCUGAAGAAAUUAUAUCGUCGAUGAUGUACAAGCAGUUUAUUGGACAAGUUUCAACGUUUUGUCACGAUGAUCCAUCAGAUCCCAUGAAUGUACACAACAAAGAAGCACCCAAUAAUCAUAACAGACAGUGCAAUUACCGAAGUACAUGGGACGUUAUAAUGAAUUCAGUUGAUUUUCAAAACGGUGCAGUGAAUCCUCCAAAUCCUACAAUACAAAAUACAGACCCUUCGUUUAAAGUAGUCAGGCCUGGACCCAAGCGAAUCGUUCUAAUUAUGGAUAUUUCUGGUAGUAUGUACGGAAAAAGAUUGGAUGAUCUCAGAAGUGCAUCCGAACUACCAAUAUCAAGUUUACUCGGUGAUGGUAUGAUGCUUGGUCUUGUCGCCUUUUCUGAAUCAGCUGUUGUUCUUCAACCUUUAACUAAAAUUGGAUAUGAUGACGGAAGCAGAGAAAAGAUGAUCAAGUCUCUCCCUUCAUCCGUGAAUGGAAGCACCGGUAUUGGUGCUGGAAUUCUGGAAGGAAUCAAGGUCUUGAGUAAAAAUGGUCAACUUCCGGAAGGAGGAAAGCUGAUUGUUCUUACAGAUGGAGAAGAAAACGCGAAACCUUUCGUUGAAGACAUUACUGCAGAUGCAAUUAAGAGUGGUGUGGUUGUCGAUUCUAUUUUCUUUGGACUCGUCGAUGUUUCUAAGGAUGCCUCGUUGGCUAGUUUGAGUUUGCAAACUGGGGGGAAAUGGUAUUAUGCAAGCACGUCUGAUCAGUCUGUAUCACAGCUCAGUGGAAUAUUUGCAUCACUUAGCAAAUCGGAUGAUGGAAACUUCUCAGCCAACGCAGUACAGGUAUUAAAUAAAAUCAUCAAACUCAAGCCAGGAACACCCGAUACGGUGACUGCGGCAAUUGAUGGUUCUGUCGGCAAUAGAACUGUUUUUGUCUUUAAAUGGACUGACGACGAACCUACCAUAGAAUUAAAACCACCAAAGUCAACUUGUAUAUAUUCAAACUCCAACAACUCCAACAAGAAGUACUGCGAUGAUAGCCCAAUACACAAAACCGACGAAAAUUUCAAGUUGAUUAAAUUUCAUAUUCCUGGAACGGCAAAACUACGUUCAUCAUCUGCCAAGCUAAUCAAAUAUUUCUUGCAGAUUGGGAUUUGGGAAUUCAAUAUGUUUUCAACGUCAGAAAACAAAAUCACCACUGCAGUGAUUUCCAGACCUUCCGAUCUCAGCGUUUAUCCGAUCACAGUCGAAACGGAAUUAAAAGUGUCAGAUAAUACAACGUUACCGCCAAUCAUAAUUGCUAAGGUUUUUCAAAACUUCCUGCCUGUUCUUGGAGCUAGUGUGAAUGCAACUGUUACAAGACCUGAUGAUACUAUUUCUGUUGUUGAAUUGUUUGAUAACGGUGCAGGACCAGAUGUGAACCCGAAGGAUGGUGUUUAUUCACGCUAUUUUGCUGAUUUCAGUGCUAUAGGAAGACACGCAGUAGAGAUACAUGUAACAAGAGACGGUAAAGACAGAUUAUCUUCAGUAUUAGAAUUGCAGAAAACUGACUACGACGAUGGCGUGCUUUUAGACGAUGGUACCUAUGUUUCAAAACAGGACAACUCUGCAAACCCAUCUGCUUACAAAGGAGUGAAUGUUGAAGGCGUAAUUGAACGAACAUCUUCAUCGCCAGGAUUUGCAUACACGGGGUCUAUCACUGCAGACGACAUAUUUCCCCCGAAUAUGAUAACAGAUUUAACGGCAAGUCAAGUGGAUUUGGAUAACGUGGAAGCUGGGUUACUGCUAGAAUUUACGGCUCCAGGCAAUGAUUACGACUCUGGAAAUGCAUCUCGUUAUGAGAUUCGUUUCAGCUAUGACCCUUUUUCGUCGUCGAAGUUUAGUGAUUGGUUGAUCAUAAAAGAUGAAUGGAUAAAUGAUGGGCAAAAUAAUAAACCAAACAUGGCCUUGUCUGACGAAAAACUAUCAAUUGUAUUAGCAGACCUGCCAAAAAAUGACACCGUCAGAAUUGCUUUUGCAAUCAAAGCUUAUGACGACGCCAACAACCCGUCUGAAAUCUCAAACAUUGCAAUUACAACAUAUUUUAUCAAGCCACCACCUAUUAAAAAUAAAAUAGAUUCCAAUAUGAAGUGGAUCAUUCUUGGAGUGGUUGCUGGCUCAGCCGUUCUCAUCGCUGCUGCAAUUCUGUCAACGUAUUUGUUCAUUCGUAACAGGCGUUCUAAACGCGGCCGGGAUCAGAAGACUAAUGGUACUGGAGAGAAGUCAAAUAUGUCUCAAUAAUCAUUAAAUGAAUCCCUGUGCACUUAAAUAACAUAAUGUUGCAGCAUUAGAUUACGGAAACAGUCAAAUAUACAAUGACUGCAUUGCCAUAUAUAACUGAUUUUGGAUUACAUAUAGAGUUCCACUUUUUAUUUAUUUUGUAUA